AUGGCGUCCGCAAUGGUGCAUCUCACCCCUCGACACAUCCAGAACAUGAGCGAAGCGGCGUCGAUACAGUCGCAUUGGGGUUAUGCAAAUCGUGCUGUGCCAUGCACAAACGAUGCAGGCUCGUGUGCAUAUCUAGAUGUCGUGUAUCACUCACACGACCUCGUCCUUUUCAUCUGGGCAAUUUACAGCUGGUCAUCGCCCAAGCAGAGCGAAAGCCUGCAACCAGUGCUGGAAGGAGAAGGGUUGCGUACUCACAUGACGACGUUCGAGCGUCUCCGGAGCUCGCUAGCAACAUACAGAAGGCAGUAUUUGCUUCCUGAAUUUACCAGACCUAUAUUCGGACGAACUACCAAGACUCAAGUGUUAGUGCUAGCCACUCUGACAGGAUAUCUGGCUGUCUUCUCCUUUGUCGGAAUCGUAUACAACACAUGGGUAACACCUGUCAAGAAGAUGCCAGGUGUUUACAAUACAAGGACCAGCCUGGGUCCCUGGGCGGACCGUGUCGGAGUACUGGCGUAUGCCUUGACACCGCUUUCAAUCCUACUCAGCAGCAGAGAAUCACUGUUGUCUCUGAUCACAGGUUUGCCAUACCAAAGCUUCAACUUCCUGCACCGUUGGCUCGGGUACAUCAUUGUCGCGCAGUCAAUAAUGCAUACUAUUGGCUGGUCCAUCAUUGAGAUACGUCUGUAUCAACCACAGCCUACGGUUGCUGUCGAGUGGAUCAAGCAGCUGUACAUGAUCUGGGGUGUCAUUGCUAUGUUCUUGCUUUUAGUCCUCUUCAUUCUCAGCACACCAUGGGCAAUCAAGCGUACAGGAUACGAAUUCUUCCGAAAGUCUCAUUACGUCCUUGCGAUGGUCUACAUUGGCGCAUGCUGGGGUCAUUGGUCCAAGCUGUCAUGCUUUCUCAUCCCAGCACUUGUAGUCUGGUUCAUAGACAGAGGUGUCCGCCUUGUCAGAACAGGUCUUCUGCACUACAACUACAUCGAUGGUGGGAGCAAGAUGGGCUUUCGCAGUGCAGAUGCUCGAAUCACUUCUUACCCCGACGACGUCAAUGGUGAUGUCGUUCGCCUGGACUUCUCACAUCCUCAGGAGCCAUGGAAAAUCGGCCAGCAUUUCUACCUUACCUUUCCAAAACUCAGCAUUUGGCAAAGCCAUCCUUUUACGCCUCUCAAUGUACCAUUACCGAAGCCCUCGGGUGUUCCUCACGCAUAUGUCUUCCGAGCUAAGAGUGGUGAGACCGCUCGAGUGGCACGACUUGCUGGUACGCACGGCACCGCUACCAACGAGAAAGGGGUCUCACACCUACCACAAACCACAUCAGUCGUUCUCAGUGGUCCUUACGGCGUAUCUGAAGUCGACAAUCUCUCAUUCACAACGAAUAUCCUCUGCAUCGCAGGCGGUACGGGAAUAACAUACGUCCUCCCAGUCCUCCUCAGCCAAAUUACAAAUUGCGCAUGCUCUUCUGUUCGAAAACUGCAGCUCGUCUGGGCCAUCCGUCGUAAGGCAGACAUCGCAUGGAUCCAGCCUGAGCUCAACCUACUGUACGAAGCGAGCAGAUCCAUGGAUCUGAAGAUCAGCAUCUUCAUCACAAGAGAACAUUCCAAGAUAGUCGAUAGCAGCACGUCAAGCGAGAGUGAUCUACACAAAGCAGCUGAUUUCAAAGUCUCGGAAAAAGCAGUCUCAUCGGGAUCGUCGACGUCUAGCUCCUCCGAUCAAACGAAUGUUGCCGGCUGCUGUGCCAAGAAGAACACCGUCACCGACAAGGAAAUCGAACUCUGCAACCCUCCCGUACAACGGAAACAAUCUAUCACGAUCGAACGACGAGGAAGCCUGCACACCGCGCCGCCGGAGAUGCGUCAUCCCGAUUUGCAAGCUAUUGUCAAGGAUUUCGUGGCGGGUACGGUGCAGGGCAGCACGGCUGUGUAUGCUAGUGGGCCUGGUGGGAUGAUUAGUGAUUUGAGGACGAUUGUAGCUGGUGUGAAUGAUGGGAGCAAGGUGUGGAGGGGCGAGGAGAGGAGUAUUGUUGAGUUGAAGUGUGAUGAUCGGUUGGAGUGGUAG